AUAAGAGGUGAUGUCGACAUUUUAAGAGAAGUGAAGCUCGCUGAUAGAGACGGCGACAUAAACAAACUGGAAUCCUGGACGCUUGACUCCCUCUUGAGUCACCUUUAUUACGGGAUGGACAAGAGUGGGUCUUCCCAGACGGCGGCCAUGGAGGCGCUGGCCAAGCUGCGGCCAGACAUAGACUUUGCUAUGCUGGCCAAGAUGGGAGUGACUCUGGACCCAGUGGCCCUCACCAAGCAGCUGCGGCCUGAUCUGGACGUCAAGAUGAUGACCAGCGGCGCCUCCAGCAGCAAGUCAGAGUCAUCCCACUCAUACUCCACAGCCCACUCCUCCCACGCCCCCGCCCACUCCGUGUCCCACUCCCACUCCAGCGGCCACCCGUCCACCCACCUCAGCAAGUCAGAUGCCGCUUACCUGGCCAAGCUACAGGAGGCCAGCCUGGCCAGUGCCAAUGCCCUGGCCAAGCUGGACCCCAACCUGCUGGCCAAGCUGGACCAGACCACACUGGCCCAGCUGUCCAAGCUGGAUGCUGCCACCCUGGCCAAGCUGGACCACAACACUCUGGCCCAGCUGGUGAAGGCUGACGCCUCAGCUGCUGCCAUGUCCAUGAGCAAGGCAGACCAGGCCAUGCUGUCCCAGCUGGCCAAGCUGGAUCCACACACCCUCUCCAAGAUGGACCCAGCGGCUCUCACCCAACUGGCCAAGCUGGACCCCAUGAUGCUGGCCAAGAUGGAUCAGACCACUCUGUCCCAACUGGCCAAGCUGGACCCCCACACACUGUCCAAACUGGACCAGGCCAUGCUGGCCCAGCUUGCCCGCCAUGAUGCCCAGAUGCAGGCCCACACCCGGGCCACCCUUAGCAAGAUGGACUCAGCCACAUUGGCCCAGCUGGCCAAGAUGGACCCACACCUCCUCUCCAAGCUGGACCCAAACACCCUGGCCCAGCUGGCCAAGCUUGAUGCACACACCCUGUCCAAGGUGGACUCCAACACACUGUCCCAGCUGGUGUCCAUGGAUGCUGUGGCCAUGGCCCAGCUCUCCAAGAUGGACCCACACUCACUCUCCAAGAUGGACCAGGCCACCCUGGCCCAGCUGGCCAAGAUGGACCCACACUCUCUGUCCAAGAUGGAUCCCUCCAUGCUGGGCCAGCUGGCCAAGCUGGACCAGCAGGCCAUGACCAAGAUGAACAAUGCAGCCCUGGCCCAGCUCUCCAAGAUGGACCCACACAAUAUGUCCAAAAAGGACAUGUCGUCCCUGAACCACCUCAUGAAGAUGGACCCGCACACCCUCAGCAAGAUGGACCCCUCCGUGCUGGCCCAGCUGUCGAAACUGGAGGCCCAAGCCAAGAUGGACCCCAGCUCCCUGGGCCAGCUCAACAAGCUGGACAUCCACUCCAAGAUGGAUGCUGCUGCUCUGGCCCAGCUGGCCAAACUGGACCAGCAUGCCAAGCUAGACCCCAUGACUUUGGCCCAGCUGUCCAAACUGGACCCACACGCAAAGAUGGACCCAACCACCCUGGCCCAGCUGUCAAAGCUUGACCCUCACGCCAUGUCCAAGCUUGAUGCCCAGCUGGCCCAGCUGGCCAAGCUGGACUCCCACACAUUGUCCAAGCUGGAUGUGAACACCCUGGCCCAGCUGGUCAAGAUCGACCCUCACCUGCUCACCAAGCUGGACUCAGCUGCCCUGGCGCAGCUCACCAAACUGGAGGCGCAGCAGAUGCAGGCAGCGGCGGCAGCGGCUGGCCUGUCCAAGGCUGACCUGGCUGAACUGCGCAAGCUAGAGGCAGAGGCACUGUCCCGCCUGCAGCCCUCAGACAUGGAUGCCUCGCUGCUGAGCCCAGCCACGGCAGGCCUCACCACGGCAGCCACCUCCUCCUCCAGCGGCAGCCAUGGCAUGUCGAAGUACCAGCAGCUGCUGGCCGUCAUCGAGGAGAUGGGCAAGGACAUCCGCCCCACCUACGCCGGCAGCAAGAGCAGCGCCGAGCGCCUCAAGCGCGGCAUUGUGCAUGCCCGCAUCCUGGUGAGGGAGUGCCUUAUCGAGACGGAGCGGGCGGCGCGCACAUAACAGUUUGGCCAGCCCGGCCCGGACCACACCGUGCCCAAGAGCCUCGGCCCUGAGGCUUCUCUGGCCGCUGUGGUGGAGGGCCUGGCGCUGCCUCUCUAAUGCGCACUUACUGCCUCAAAAUAAAGGAGGCUAUGGCUGGACACGUCAGCAGCAGCAGCAGCAGUAGUACACCACCACUACCACCAUCACCACCAUCACCAUCACCACCAUCAUGUGCCUGGUGCCAAGACACCUGGCUCUCACUGGCCACCUCUGCUGCUGCCACCACUGCUGCUGCCGUCGCUGUGUUGCUGUGGAAUGACUGGCUGGGUACAUAAGGAGGGAAAGGUUGUGGGCCGGGAACAUUGACUGAUGUCAUAACUCAUAUGAAAAAAUUAUUUAAAAGUCAAUUAAGUAGUGUUAUUUUUUGUAUUGUAAAUAAGUGAUGAUCAUAUCAGUGUGUUGUCUUUUUGUAGCUUGAAGCAUGAUGUCGUCGAGUAGCAUUCAGAUAGUACAAUUCUUUGGGUUCUAGUUAGAUUGUCUCACUUCUGUCUGGCUCAAAACUUGCUGUUCAACAAAGUGUGUUAUUUACUACUGUGGUGUAGUGAUGAGGUGCUGCAGGUGGCAAGCUACACCACACUGAAGACUGUUUGCUCUUCUAUAAAUGUGUCUAUGUGAGUUUUGCCUUGUGACUUGCAGUGCCUCAUGUAAUAGUACAACUAGUGACUUGAGAACCAUCAUGGCAUCAGAUCUGGUUGUCUUCGUGAUGCCCAGCCAAUUUAACUCAAUUUUUCCUUUUAUAAUCAUUAUUGGACCUUUUAUUUGUGAAUGUAGUUAGUUAUGACACUUGUGCAUUAAUGUAUAUAAUUCCCGAGUCACUGUAGAUGUCAGAAUUUUUACUUGAAUCUUCCCACCAAUUGUUCGUCGCAGUGGAAGUCUCGGAAUGCAUUUUGCCGCUCGUUAAGUGUUCGUAUCGGUAAGUAGAAUCCAUGUUUUCGAUCACAAAGAAUGGUUCAGCCUGGCCAUCAAGAGUCUGAGUAGCCUUCAGUCAUCUCCUUCACUACCAACCCUCUCACUGCUCACUUGAAUCUCCGCCUGUAAAGAGAUUAGCCAUGAAAACAGACUAAUACACAGACAGACUCAAGCCAGGAUGUUAAAGGAAGUGAUGGUUUGCUAGUAAUAUUCUGGCCAUUCUUGGUGACCGACUCCCAUACUUUGUGGUAGCAUUGCGUCACUUGUAGUUAGAAGUAUCCUUUUUACACACACACACACACACACACACACACACUUUAAUAUAAUGGAUCUUUGUGGGGGUGGAAGCACAUACUUUCUACUCUAAUGUAUGUAUACUGUAUGUACGUUUCAUAUUGGUGCAGUUAACAUAAAAAACUUAGACUGAAA